AUGGAGGUCGCCUCUGCUGGAAUAUCGAACGGUGUAUCCACACCAGCCCAGGCAACUUUUGUGGACUCAAGUGCCAUAAUCCAGUACUUGAGCGAUGUGCUGCAAGUGACUUUGGGAGCUCUGAGAACCGAGCUAGAAAGGACUGGCAGCUUGCUAUCGGAGGCUAAAUAUAAUGAAACUGUGCAAAGAUGUACGCGAUUUGCUUCCGAAUCUCAGGUCGCACUUUACGUGCAGAAAGACCUGAUAGGGUCUGCAGAGGCGGCUGGUGCAGAUGAAGAAGCACUAUCAACGCACUAUAUCUAUAACCUCUCCGCCGAAAUCUCAUCCUCUUCCACGACGGUUGCAACGGUUGCUUUCAUUAAACGGCCUGCCGCUAUUGAUCCGGCACUCCCUAUAUCUUCGCAGAUCCAGGUGAUGAACUUCCCUGGCCCGGCCUCUCUCAGUAACACACAAGCCCAGCAAAACACUUCUUUGUCUCCGUAUGAGAUCCUCCACCUUUUGGUACACCACGGGUUGAGCCCGUAUUUCGAAGCCAACAGUCGCAACCAGGAUACAGUUAGUGGUUCAAAGCCCAGGACAGAUACGGAGGCGAAGACUGGCGUUCCAAUGACUAAGAAGAAAUUUGCAGAGCUGGAACUUGGGCUUUUACACUUGCAACAAAAUGUUGAGAUUCCAGCGCUCAGUUUGCCGCUCCACGAGGUCGUUCAAGCUGCUCUGACCGAGGCGGAAAAGCGAGGUGUCAAGCCUUCAGUGGAGUUGAUCGAUCCCACAAUCCUCGAGAGCAGUACUUUUAUCAAUAGCAUUCAAACCAAUGUGAACACUUGGAUCAAAUCCAUCCAGACAAUUACCAAGAUGUCCCGUGACGCUGAUAGCGGAUCAGCAGCUCAGGAGAUUAAUUUCUGGUUGUCCAUGGAGACUGCGCUUGAAGGGAUCGAGAAUCAGCUACGCAGUGAUGGCGUCUCUUUAACAAUGGACAUUCUUCGCCAUGCGAAGCGAUACCAGGCUACUCUUAGUUUUGUAGCUGACACUGGUCUGCGAGAGGCUGCCGAUCUGGUCCAAAAGUACAACCAACUUAUGCGGGACUUCCCAUUGGAUGAACUCCUCUCUGCUACGACUCUGCAGAAGGUGCAGGAAUCUCUUAAUCUGAUUUUCAACCACCUUAACAAGAAGUUGAAGAUCUGUCCCUACCCGAUCAAACGAGCCCUCGCGCUUGUUGAAGCCAUAUCCGGUGAUCUUGACUCCCAGAUCCAUUCCUUGCUUCACGGCCGGACCAUUUUGCAUUUGGAUUACCGCGAAUUCCGCUCUCUGAUGAAGACCUGUGGGGCAAUCUGGCGGACAUGGGACGAAAACUUGAAGGAGUUCACUAAUGUCGCUCGUGAGUCUACGAGGCGCAGAAAUGAGAAAUUCAUUCCCAUCAAGAUCGCCGCACGCCACGAGAAGACCCAGGAGCGCUUGAAAUAUAUCAACACCUUCCGAGUGAAUCACGAACAGCUUCAGAGGACGAUCGUGAAUGUUCUCGGCCCGAAGAGUUCCUCCGCAGGAGAACCGGCUGCUGGAGCUAGCUCUGAUGGCGCAGUUAUCGUCGAAGAAAUUGGUGAUGUGGAUGCAGUCGAAGAAGUUGCACAGGCUUACGCUGCUCUGAAAAAUGUGGAUGUAUUAGAUGUAUCUGAUGAGGGUACUCAACAAUGGAUACAGGAAGAGAUCGCAUAUAAUGAGCGCACAUCCCGCGUGGAGAACUCGAUCAUUGCUCGUCUCAGGGAUCGCCUUGCUACAGCCAAGAAUGCUAACGAGAUGUUUCGUGUCUUCUCAAAGUUCAAUGCACUACUUGUCCGUCCCAAGAUUAGAGGUGCAAUUGGAGAGUACCAGACGCAACUUAUCGAUAACGUGAAGCAGGACAUCUCAUCUUUACACGAGCGGUUCAAGCAACAGUAUGGCCACUCAGAGGCGCACGCAAUGGCGCAGUUGCGUGAUCUUCCUCCGGUAUCUGGUGCUAUUGUGUGGGCACGUCAGAUUGAACGCCAACUCGAUGCUUAUAUGCGUAAAGUUGAAGAUGUGCUGGGUGAAGACUGGCAUCUACACUCUGAAGGCCAGAAACUUCAAGCUGAGAGCAACCUCUUCCGGAAGAAGCUUGAUACUCGACCAGUCUUUGAAUCAUGGUUACAUGAUGUGCAAAGACGCCACAUCACCAUAUCUGGUCGCUUGUUCAAUAUAGUUCGCAACCGAGCUGCAGGAAACACACUGGAGCUGACGGUUAACUUCGAUGCUCAAGUUAUUGCUUUGUUCAAGGAAGUUAGAAACCUUAUCUGGCUUAAUUUCCAAGUACCUCAUGCUGUUAGCAAUAUAUCCAAGGAAGCUAAACGUGUAUACCCCUUCGCUAUCAGUCUGAUGGAGAGCGUUCGUACCCUUCUGCAAACCAACCGGUCCAUUGCGUCUAUGACAGAGGUUGCAAUCCUGCUCAACGGAUACGUGAAUGAUGCACAAGGCAUGAUUGUGAAAGGUAUUCCGCUUCGGUGGGAGUCGUUCGUUCACUCGUAUGAGCUUCAUGUCAAGCAGUCAGCGUUGGCCAAUGGUGCUAUUGAAUCUACUAUACCUAGUAGGGGGGAAAGCAAACAUGUCCAGUUCGUUCGUGAAUUUGCAGGAUCAGCGUCUGUUCUCCAAUCCAAGACCGCUGUCCUCGCUUCUAUCAACGAGAAUAUUCAGAAGGCUAUCCACGAACUAAAAACUUGUCCUUAUGAUGCCUCGGCAUUCAAGCAGCGUCUGGACGCUAUCCAAGUCGCCGUAGAUAAGCUGAACUUGGAGAAUUAUGUAAACCUUGGAUACUGGGUCGCAAAUCUGAACCAAAAGAUCGAGGCCAUUCUACGCGACCGCCUCCACCGUGCUAUACGUGAAUGGAUAAGUUCCUUCCAGGAAGCAAAGAAUGGCGACCACAGUUCCCAACUACUGAAUGGAGGCCAGCAGCUCGUUACAGGCGAAGGAGAAGCCUUGGCUUACAAUAUUGAGUUCACUGAGCUCGUCCAUGAGAUUUCUAUGCGGAAUCAAGUCCUCCACCUUGACCCGCCUUUGCAAUUCGCUCGUGCGAGCUGGUUCUCGCAAUUUGACAGCUGGCUGGGCGUCGUUUGCAACCUCGAGAAGAUUAAAUCAUCCCGCUAUCAAAUCUCGAUCGACGUGCAGAAGCAUUGUACCGAUGAGCUCAACCAAGUUUACAAUGCUAUCGAGGCUAGACUGAAGGAGGUAUCAGAUUACGUUGAUAAAUGGCUGCAAUUCCAAUCACUCUGGGAUCUACGGUCAGAGCAAGUGUAUGAUAUCCUCGGGGAUGACUUGUCCCAAUGGCUUCAGUUGCUUCAAGAAAUUAGGAAAAGCCGAGCUACCUUCGACACUUCAGAAGUAAGCAGAUCGUUCGGCAAUAUCAAGAUAGACUACGAGCAGGUUCAGACAAGAGUCAAUGCCAAGUACGAUCAAUGGCAACACGAGAUUCUGUUGAGGUUCGGGUCCAAGCUCGGUGGACGAAUGAGGGAAGUACAUUCUGAGAUUGCCUCCGCACGGCGUGACCUGGAAGGACAGACUCUAGAAGCUGCUUCAACCGCACAUGCGGUCUCAUUCAUUACUAUAGUGCAACAGUGCAAGCGUAAGGCAAAGGUAUGGGAGCCUGAAGUUGAUCUUUUCCGUCAAGGCCAGGCUACACUCGCACGCCAACGUUAUCAAUUCCCCAGCGACUGGCUUCACGUGGAAAAUGUCGAUGGCGAGUGGGCGGCAUUAAACGAACUACUUGCACGUAAGAGCAAAAUCGUCCAGGAUCAAACAGAGGGGCUGCGUGCGAAAAUUGUUGCCGAGGACAAAGUUAUUGGUGACAAGAUCACUGAAGUCAUCGCCCAGUGGAAUGAUGAAAAGCCUGUGUCUGGCACCAUUCCGCCUGAUGAAGCCUCUCGCACCUUGAGCUCAUUCCAAUCGCGUCUCGAGGGUCUCCAAUCUGAAUAUGAAAUGGUAUCCAAAGCAAAAGAAGCUCUUGACCUCCCAGCAGGAGUUGAGUCUGCUUUGCCGGCAAUUCUUGAGGAAGUUCAAGAUUUCAUGUCGGUCUGGGCUGCCUUAUCAACCAUUUGGAAGAGUCUGAACGACCUUAGGGACAUGCUCUGGACGAGUGUGCAGCCAAGAAGACUCCGUCAGUCCAUUGAUGGCUUAAUAAAGAUGACAAAGGAGAUGCCUAGCCGGAUGCGCCAGUAUGCUGCUUUUGAGCAUAUUCAGAAUGUCCUCAGACAGCUCCUGAAAGUCAACCCCUUGCUUUCUGAUAUGAAAUCUGAAGCUGUUCGGGAAAGGCACUGGCACAAAAUCUACAAAUCGCUUAAACCUGGACAGAGGUUUUCUCUUGUCUCUUUGACCCUCGGUGAUGUAUGGGAUCUACAACUCACUGCUAGUGAGUCAGUAAUCCGUAAUAUCAUUGCUCAAGCCCAGGGUGAAAUGGCGCUGGAGGAGUUCUUAAAGUCUGUCCGAGAGACGUGGCAAAAUUACUCCCUUGAUCUCGUCAAUUAUCAGAAUAAGUGUCGCCUAAUCCGUGGUUUCGAUGAUCUAUUUGCGAAGUGUAGCGAAAACUUAAAUUCUUUACAAGCGAUGAGACAUUCGCCAUACUUCAAAGAGUUCGAGGAGGAAGCUACUUCCUGGGAAGACAAACUGAACCGUGUCCAUGUCUUGUUUGACGUGUGGAUUGACGUUCAGAGACAAUGGGUGUACCUCGAAGGUGUCUUCACUGGUAAUGCGGACAUCAAACAUCUUCUUCCACUGGAAUCAAGUCGCUUUCAGAACAUUAACUCGGAGUUCUUCGCUGUGAUGAAGAAGGUCUACAAGUCACCCUUUGUGCUUGAUGUGCUUGCCAUCAACGGUGUGCAGAAGUCGCUAGAGAGAUUGGCUGAGCUGCUAAACAAGAUACAGAAGGCAUUGGGUGAAUACCUCGAACGAGAGCGUGUCUCAUUCCCCCGGUUUUACUUUGUUGGAGACGAGGACCUUCUCGAAAUUAUCGGCAACAGCAAUGACAUCUUCCGUGUGGCGAAGCACUUCAAGAAAAUGUUUGCUGGUUUGUCAGGAGUCCUCAUGGAUGACGAUAAUAAUAUUAUCGGUUUCACCUCCAAGGAGGGUGAAGAAGUUCGACUGAAGAAAGAAAUCAACCUUGUGAAAACACCUAGAAUCAAUGACUGGCUUACUGCUAUUGAAAGCAACAUGAAAUUAACACUGGCGGAGUUGCUUGCUGAGGCAGUUGAGCAGUUUGAACCAUUGUAUCAUGCUACUGAGGUUGAUCAGAGUGCUUUCAACGACUUCCUUGCCAACUAUCCCGCCCAGAUUGUCGUUCUUGCCAGCCAAGUGGUUUGGACUAAUGCUGUACAGAAGUCCUUGGAGGACGGCGGAACUACUCUGUCGGCACUGUAUGAUUCCCAAGUUAGAGUGCUUGAACUUCUGGCUGCCACUGUUCUUGGUGACCUAGACGCAAUCGGCAGAAAGAAAUGCGAGCAUAUGAUCACCGAGUUUGUCCAUCAGCGAGACGUUAUCUCAAAGCUCAUCAAAUCCAAUGCUACAACCCCCGUGCAUUACCUCUGGUUGCUCCAGAUGCGCUAUGUUUAUCAACCUGAGGGUGACUUCCUCCAGCGUCUCUACGUCCAUAUGGCUAAUGCGAAAUUGAAUUACGGAUUUGAGUAUCUCGGAGUUCCUGAACGUCUUGUCCGCACACCUCUUACUGACCGGUGUUUCUUGACGCUCACACAAGCUUUAUGUCAAAGACUGGGCGGUUCGCCUUACGGGCCAGCUGGUACCGGAAAGACCGAAUCAGUUAAAGCGCUGGGUCUUCAACUUGGUCGUUUUACUCUUGUGUUCUGCUGUGACGAUACUUUUGACUUCCAGGCUAUGGGCCGAAUCUUCCUUGGGAUCUGUCAAGUUGGUGCUUGGGGCUGUUUUGACGAAUUUAACCGUUUGGAAGAACGAAUCCUUUCAGCUGUCUCCCAGCAGAUCCAAAAUAUCCAAAUCGGUCUUAAGGACGGUGAAACCGAUGAAAAGGCACAAAUCGAGCUUGUUGGUAGACAACUAUCAGUCAACCCUAACACAGGAAUUUUCAUCACAAUGAAUCCGGGUUAUGCAGGACGUUCCAACUUGCCUGAUAACCUGAAGAAACUGUUCAGAAGCGUUGCGAUGUCCAAGCCUGACAAGGAGCUAAUUGCGGAGGUUAUGCUUUUCUCGCAAGGGUUCAAGCAGGCAAAGCGUUUGUCAACACAGACCGUGCCUUUCUUCGACCGCUGCUCCACGCAACUCUCAAAGCAAGCCCAUUACGAUUUCGGCUUGCGUGCUCUAAAGAGUGUUUUGGUUAGUUCGGGCGGUCUCAAGCGUGCUCGUAUCGCCAACAAUGACGGCGAGCUGGGUCCUGAUGAAGUCAUCGAGCCCCAAAUCAUCGUCCAAAGUCUUCGGGAAACCAUCGCCCCCAAGUUGGUACGGGAAGAUGUUGACACGAUGUUAGAUAUUCAAUCCGAUGUCUUCGCUGGAGUCGAGUAUGUGCCUGCAAACUAUGAAAAGCUUACAGCAGCUAUUCGUGAGAUUGCCCAAGAACUGCACUACGUUGAUAGUGAGAUGUGGAUCACAAAGGCGCUCCAACUCUACCAAAUCCAGAGCAUCCAUCAUGGUGUUAUGAUGGUUGGUAAAUCUGGCUCUGGUAAAUCUGCCGCAUGGAAGAUCCUCCUCCAGGCCUUGCAAAGAAUUGAAGGCGUGGAAGGCGUCUCCCAUAUUAUUGAUUCAAAAGUCAUGUCUAAGGAGGCGCUUUAUGGCAAUCUUGACAGCACCACGCGCGAGUGGACUGAUGGAUUGUUCACAGGCAUCUUGAGGAAGAUAGUCGACAACCUUCGAGGUGAAGAUACGAAACGACAUUGGAUCGUGUUCGAUGGAGAUGUUGACCCCGAAUGGGUGGAGAACCUUAACAGUGUUCUUGAUGACAACAAACUUUUGACCCUUCCUAACGGAGAGCGUCUGAACCUACCUCCAAAUGUACGCAUCAUGUUUGAAGUCGAGACACUUAAGUAUGCAACACUGGCAACAGUCAGUCGUUGCGGUAUGGUAUGGUUCAAUGAUGAUACCGUCACCCCUUCAAUGAUGAUUUCCAACUACGUGGAGUCACUUAGAACAAGAACCUUUGAAGAUUUGGAUGACGACAGCGCCCCUGCAGGUCAAGCUGCCAUCAAAACCCAGGAUGCGCAGGAUAUGGUUUCCAACGUCCUCAAGCACGUCAUGCAGAACAGCGACAUAGUUAUGAAAUCUCUUGAGGAGGCUAAAAAGUACAACCAUAUCAUGGAGUUCACCGACAUUCGUGCCCUCAAUACCUUGUUCAGUCUCUUGAACAAAGCUUGCAGGAACGUCCUAGAGUACAAUAUCCAGCAUGUCGAUUUCCCGCUUGACUCCGAGCAGAUAGAAUCCUACAUCUCUAAGAAGGUGCUCCUUGCGCUUGUAUGGUCAUUCACGGGUGACUGUCCACUGGUCGAUCGCCAGGUAUUCGGGCAAUUUGUAUCCGCGCUGUCUACAACCGACCUGCCACUUGACGGCUCAUCGUCUCUCAUCGACUUUGACGUUACAUUGCCAACGGCUGAGUGGUCUAGCUGGCAAUCACAAGUCCCUACCAUCGAAAUUAAUACUCAUUCUAUCACGCAGACCGAUGUAGUGAUCCCGACAGUCGAUACCGUUCGUCAUGAAGAUGUCCUCUAUUCCUGGCUUGCAGAGCAUAAGCCAUUAUUGCUUUGCGGUCCCCCAGGUUCUGGUAAAACCAUGACAUUGUUUGCAGCUCUUCGCAAACUUCCUAACAUGGAGGUUGUCGGUCUUAACUUUUCAAGCGCUACAACCCCUGACCUUUUGAUCAAGACGUUUGAGCAAUAUUGUGAGUACAGGAAGACGCUUAAUGGUGUCAUCAUGUCUCCGAACCAAAUCGGUCGCUGGUUGGUCAUUUUCUGCGAUGAAAUCAACCUUCCAGCCCCUGAUCGGUACGGAACCCAGCGUGCCAUUACAUUUUUGCGUCAGCUUGUUGAACAGAAUGGUUUCUGGAGGACAUCGGACAAAACAUGGGUUACCUUGGACCGGAUUCAGUUCGUCGGGGCAUGUAACCCUCCAACUGAUGCUGGCCGUACACCGCUAGCGGAAAGAUUUUUGCGUCAUUCUCCGUUGAUUAUGGUUGACUAUCCUGGAGAGAUUUCACUGACGCAGAUCUAUGGCACGUUCAACUCCGCUGUUCUGAAAAUCCUUCCCCUAUUGCGCGGUUACUCUGAGUCUCUUACGAAAGCUAUGGUUCAGUUCUACCUGGAGUCUCAAACUAGAUUUACUGCUAAGACCCAGCCACACUACGUGUACUCACCUCGUGAACUUACUCGAUGGGUUCGUGGUGUAUAUGAGGCCAUCAAACCUCUCGAGAGUCUUUCGAUAGAAGGGUUGGUUCGGAUUUGGGCGCACGAGGCUUUGCGUCUUUUCCAGGAUCGACUUGUUACUGAGGAAGAGAGAAAUUGGACCUCUGAUGCAAUUAGGCGCAUUGCACUUGAUAAUUUCCCCACCAUCGAUGAGGAACAAGCGCUGAAGGGUCCAAUUCUAUUCUCCAACUGGCUCUCCAAGAAUUACGUGCCUGUGGAGCAGGAGCGACUGCGUGACUUCGUGAAAGCACGUCUGAAGACAUUCUGUGAGGAAGAAGUCGAUGUUCCCCUUGUCUUGUUCAAUGAUGUCCUGGAACAUGCAUUGCGCAUUGAUCGUGUCUUCCGCCAGCCUCAAGGUCAUCUCAUUCUCAUCGGUGUCAGCGGAAGUGGUAAAACCACUCUAUCUCGUUUUGUUGCAUGGAUGAAUGGAUUGAAGGUGUUCCAGAUCAAGGUGCACGGAAAGUACUCUUCUGAAGAUUUUGAUGACGACCUGAGAAUCGUCCUCCGCAGGGCCGGUUGUAAAGGCGAGAAGAUUUGCUUUAUCAUGGAUGAAGCGAACGUUCUUGACUCUGGUUUCCUCGAACGCAUGAAUACCCUCUUAGCCAAUGCGGAGGUGCCCGGUCUAUUUGAAGGAGAUGAGUUUUCGUCUCUGAUGACUGCAUGUAAAGAGGGCGCACAGCGUCAGGGUCUGCUCCUUGACACUCAAGAAGAGCUCUACAAGUGGUUCACACAGCAAAUUGUCAAGAACUUGCAUGUGGUCUUUACCAUGAACCCUCCUGAAGAAGGCUUAUCGUCUAAGGCUGCUACAAGUCCUGCCCUGUUCAACAGAUGCGUGCUUAACUGGAUGGGCGACUGGUCGGACCAGGCACUCUUCCAAGUCGGUUCGGAACUGACACAGUCUGUCGACCUUGAUAAACCCAAUUUCAUUGCACCUGAUAGCAUACCUGUGGCUUACAGAGACUUGAGUCUUCCCGCAUCUCACAGGGAUGCUAUUGUCAACGCCAUGGUCUACAUACACCACUCUCUGCAACGAUUCAACCAGCGCCUGCAAAAGCAACAAGGCAAGACCACAUAUCUCACACCUCGCCAUUAUCUUGACUUUGUCGCUCACUAUGUGAAACUCUUCAACGAGAAACGUGAGGACCUAGAGGAGCAGCAACGACACUUGAAUGUCGGCCUCGAGAAACUGAGGGAUACUGUCGAUAAAGUCAGCGAUCUGCGCGCCAGUCUUGCACAGAAGAAAACACAGUUGGAACAGAAAGACAAAGAAGCAAAUGAGAAACUGCAGCGCAUGGUGGCGGACCAACAGGAAGCAGAGCGACGCAAAGCGGCAUCUCUCGAGGUACAGGCCGCCCUAGAAAAGCAGGAACAAGAGGUGGCCAGCCGUAAGGAAGUUGUCCUCAAUGAUCUUGCUCGCGCCGAACCUGCUGUGUUGGAAGCAAAGAAGAGCGUGAGCAAUAUCAAACGUCAGCAUCUUACUGAAGUCCGUUCUAUGGGCAACCCCCCAGCUAGUGUCCGUCUUGCCCUAGAUGCUGUAUGUACCUUACUUGGUCACAGGGUCGACAGCUGGAAGACCAUUCAAGGCAUUGUCCGAAGAGAUGAUUUCAUUGCCAGCAUUGUCAAUUACAAUAACGAAGAACAGAUGACGCGGAACCUUCGAGUUCGCAUGCAGAAUGAUUUCCUUUCUAAUGAGGAUUUCACUUACGAAAGAGUUAACAGAGCCAGUAAGGCUUGUGGUCCCCUAGUUCAAUGGGUUGAAGCUCAGGUCAACUAUUCCGAGAUUUUGGAUCGCGUCGGACCUUUGCGUGAAGAGGUGGGCAAACUGGAAGAGAAGGCCUUGAACACCAAAGCCGAAGCGCAGGCCAUUGAGAAUACUAUCCAGGAUCUCGAAAGCAGUAUCGCCACAUACAAAGCGGAAUACGCCGCCCUCAUUAGUGAAACCCAAGCUAUUAAGACGGAGAUGUCUAGAGUGCAGUUUAAGGUCGACAGGAGCGUUCGUUUGCUCGACAGCUUGGCAUCUGAACGCACCAGAUGGGAGGAAGGAAGCAGAUCCUUUGAAACACAAAUCAACACUCUCGUUGGUGAUGUUCUCAUUGCUGCAGCCUUCCUCGCCUACGCGGGAUUCUACGAUCAGCAAUUCCGGAAGGCUAUGAUUGAUGACUGGGUUAACCAACUUGUACAAUCCGGAAUCAGCUUCAAGCCUCACAACCCGAUCACUGAGUACCUCUCGAAUGCUGAUGAGCGCUUAACUUGGCAAGACCACUCACUUCCUGUUGAUGACCUUUGCACGGAGAACGCUAUUGUUCUGAAGCGGUACAACAGAUACCCUCUGAUCAUUGAUCCUUCUGGUCGUGUUACCGAAUUCUUGCAGAAGGAAAGCACGGAGAGGAAGCUCACUGUUACCAGCUUUUUGGAUGAUUCAUUUGUCAAACAAUUAGAGAGCGCCCUCCGUUUCGGAAAUCCUAUUCUCAUCCAAGAUGCCGAGUAUUUGGACCCGAUCCUCAACCAUGUUCUUAACAAGGAAUACCAGAAGACUGGAGGUCGUGUCCUCAUACAGCUCGGUAAACAGGAGAUUGACUUCUCACCUUCAUUCAAGCUUUUCCUGUCAACAAGAGAUCCGUCUGCUACUUUCCCGCCAGACGUCUGCAGUCGGACAACCUUUGUCAAUUUCACAGUCACUCAAAGCAGUUUGCAGACCCAAUCUCUUAAUGAAGUCUUGAAGUUUGAACGGCCUGAUGUUGACGCGCGACGAACCGACCUAGUCAAACUGCAAGGAGAGUUCAAGAUUCAUCUUCGCCAACUUGAGAAGAGGCUCUUGCAGGCUUUGAACGAGUCCCGUGGUAACAUACUGGAUGAUGACAAUGUUAUCGAGACGCUCGAGACCCUGAAAAACGAGGCAGCGGAGAUCUCGAAGAAGAUGAUGGAGACUGAGGGUGUAAUGACUGAAGUGGAGAAUAUCACGCACAAUUACAGCAUUAUCGCGCGCUCUUGUAGCGCCGUGUUUGCUGUAUUGGAACAACUACACCAUGUAAACCACUUCUACCAAUUUUCUCUUCAGUUCUUUGUUGAUAUUUUCCACUCUGUCCUUUAUCACAACAAACGUCUCGCUCAGGAGAAGGACCAUGCCGCGCGAGUCCAGAUCAUUCUCCGGGAUCUGUUCAUCACAACCUACCAGCGAACUUCCCUGGGACUCGCUCAGAAGGAUCGUAUCACACUGGCUAUGCUCCUAGCACAAGCCGCCCCAUACCCCAUGGAGAAAGACAUUAUCGACAUUAUUCUCGAUGAAUCAACAGAGGGCGCUGAUCUAUCAACAACCCCUGAGCUCAAAGAUCCAGUGAUGAGCAGGAUUUCCAACAUGACAAUUUUCAAAUCGAAGUUCUCAGAAGUGCCUACAGAACAAUGGGACCAAUUUUUCAGCGAAGAGCUCGCAGAGAAUUUUGUCCCGGCCGUCUGGGAAGAGAAUACCGAGCCUAUUAACCGGCUACUCCGAUCAUUGUUACUUGUGAAGCUGUGUAGAAUGGAUAGGUUUGUGCCGACUGCCGAGCGCUUCGUUGAGACCGUCUUUGGUCGUGAAUUGUUCGAAGGAAGUACCGACUUGAAGGAUAUCGUUGAUCAAGUGACUGCAACCACUCCGAUCUCUCUUAGCUCCAGUCCUGGUUUCGACGCUAGUUACAAGGUCGAUGCCCUGGUUGAGCGCAUGCAGGCGACUUGUGCAAACAUAGCUAUGGGUUCUGAUGAAGGUCUGAAGAGCGCCGAUAAGGCAAUCAGCAAUGCCGCUACUGCCGGAACCUGGGUUUUGAUCAAGAAUGUACACCUGGCACCCUCGUGGCUGCAGAGCCUUGAGAAGCGGCUUGACUCCCUCAAGCCCCACAAAGACUUUAGGCUUUUCCUUUCGAUGGAGUCCAGCCCUAAGAUCCCUGUCAACCUCAUCCGUGCCUCCCGCGUACUCAUGUACGAGCAGCCCGCCGGUGUACGUGCAAACAUGAAGGACUCGUUGUCUUCAUUGUCCGUAAGGGCUGGCAAACCUCCAGUCGAGAAGGCUCGUGUCUAUCUUUUGCUUUGCUUCCUGCACGCCGUUGUUCAGGAGAGACUUCGUUAUGCUCCUAACCUUGGUUGGAAGGGCUUCUGGGAGUUUAAUGAUAGCGACUAUGAAUGCUGCGCCUUUAUCAUCGAUCACUGGGUUGACAGCGUUGCCCAAGAGCGAUCCAACGUCGCACCUCAGAAACUCCCAUGGGACAUGAUCCGCACUCUUGUGACCGAGACAUACGGCGGAAAAGUCGAUGAUGUUGGCGACUUCAAGCAACUGGAAAUCUUGGUCAACACCUUCUUCACCCCAGUGGCUUUUGAGGACGAUUACAAACUGGUGUCCGGCGUCGAGAAUGACGAAUGUUUGACCCUCCCCGGCACAACUGGUAUCCGGGACUUUGUUGAGUGGGUCAACCGACUUCCCGAAAGAGAACCACCCACAUACCUCGGCUUACCAGCUAACGCUGAGAAACUCUUACUGGUUGGACACGGUAAUAAGGUAAUCUCGGACUUGUCCAGGGUGACUACUUUGCUGGAUGAAGGGGAGCAGUUGAUGGUUGAUGCUUGA